UUGAUAAUCAAUCAAAACAUACUCCCCAAUCAGCAUCUACAUCGAUUCAAAAUGUCUUCUAUCCAAGCUCUCCGCGAGAACAUUACCAAGAAUGCGGCCUUGAUCGAGCAAUGGCUUGCUAAAAAAAAUGCGAAAGCAGUGUCAUUUGAACAAGAUGCAGAAGAAGAGUUUCCCUCCACCGCCGGAGAAGCUGAGAUAGAAGCUGCACGAUUGGCCGUCAUAGAAGACACACAAAAGCUCCAUGACUUGAUCCUUGGCCCUGGAGAAGUACUUCGGCGCAUAUGCUGGGGUUCAAUCGACAACUCUGUGCAGCAAUGCAUUUAUCAUUUCAAGCUUCUUCAGGCUAUACCGUUGGAUGGGGGCGCUGCAUACAAGGAUAUUUCAGCCAAGGUCGGCUUAUCCGAGCCCCAAGUCAAAGCGAUAGUGCGUCAAUCCGCCACCAACCGCAUUCUGCGCGAGAAGAAUCCCGAACACGUUGUACACACUGCAUCAUCGGCUUUACUCCUACGCAACAGAGUCAUGAUGGAUUGGUACGGACAUUGCGUUGAAGAAAUGUUUCCCGCUGGCGCAAAAUUGGCUGAAGCACUAGAAAAGUACCAGGGAACUUCCGCCGCCGAGAAUAGCGCCUUUGGGCUUGCGUUUAAUACCAAAGAUCCAAUUUACAAGUUUCUUGAACAGCAUCCGGAUCGGCAAGCUCGAUUUUUCGGCGCCAUGGAGGGUGUGGGGAAGGACUAUGGGCAUAGUCUUGAGCACAUUGUCAACGGGUAUCCAUGGCGGGAACUUAAAGAGGCCACAGUUGUGGACGUGGGCGGCUCUUCCGGCUUCAUGAGUGUAGCUCUAGCAAAAGCACAUCCAAAUCUGGCCAAGCUUGUAGUUCAAGACUACAAGCACACAGUCGAGCAGGGUGCAACUCAGCUACCCCCGGAACUCUCCAAUCGCGUCAGCUUCAUGCCGCACAACUUUUUCGAGCCGCAGCCAGUGGCAAACGCGGACGUAUACAUUAUGCGCCACAUCUGUCAUAACUGGUCGAUCGAGAAUUGCGCUAAGAUCAUUCAACAGAUCGUGCCAGCCUUGAAGCCUGAUAGCAAAAUAUUGUUGGUGGAAGUCGUUGUUAUGCCGUCCAACCACGAAGAGUCUAUUAUUGCCGAGCGUUACAUGAGAAACGUUGAUGUUACCAUGCUUCAAAUGUUGAACACGCAGGAGCGAAGUGAGUCUGAGUGGCGUGAAGUUGUUCGUGCGGCAGAUUCGCAUUUGGAGCUCACGCGUUUCUUUAAACCCAAGGGCAGCUGGGACUCAAUUAUUGAGAUAUCUUUGAAAAAGGUUGCGCGGUAA